UUCAUAUUUUGAGACAAAUCGAAUUGAUGUAAGUUAAAAAAAACACAUGAAUUUGAAAUUCGACCCUUGAUAAAUGUGCCUCUAUACGUUAUUAUUGUUGACAUAGUCUUCGCUCACACUGUUGUGUAAUCGUUUGGUAAAUUGUGCAAAACGAUUCUGUUUUAGAUGAUCUGGCAUAUCCGGCUACAGUCGACGGCAGUGUCCUCUCCAGCAGUGAGUUUAAUAUUUUUACGACCAAACAGGCUGUUACAAUUGACGACGUCGUGAUCUACAGAGUUAAUCUCCUCCUGGAUGAGAGUAAAGUAAGUGAUACAAAGUCUUUUAGAUCAGGUUUGUGUUUCUGGGUUCCCUAUACCGUAUCUUACGUUUCUUUUAUUUUCUCUGCAAUGACAGAUUGAAGAGACUCUGAAUUCCCUGGAGAGCAAGAUGAAAUUUGACAUAUACUAUGCAGAAUUAAACGAACGUAAGAAUUUGACACCAAUCUGCAGCGAGGACAUGACACUGCACUUUAACCUGCAUCGAGGGAUUCAUGGCCACAUGAAUAUAGUAUUUAAGACACUUUCAAAGCUCUCCGUCAAUGUUCAUGGCCUGUUGGUAGUAUUACAACCCCCACUGAAGAACUUUCCCGAGAAAAGCUCAGUAUUCAAAAGGCUUCUUCCUAACCGGUGGACAAAGGCUAAAAUACCGACGUUGGAAAGUGUCAUUUUUGGCAAAGACUUCAAAAAGAAAUUGGCAGCAGACGGUAAAAGCUUUGUGAUCGAAGAGAAAUACUUGCAGCAUGCCUACCGUUUCCUCUCAACGCUACGAUCCUGCUUGCUGCUUUCCUAUGAUGGACUGUACAGUUAUUUCACCUCCAUAUCAGAAACGCUGCCUUCCUCACUCAAGCUGGAGCUUGGUAUGUGA